AAAAAGAAACAAUUAAAAAUAAAUAUUUUUUUUUACAAUUACAGUAAUCUUAAGCUCUUCCAAUCUUGUAAAAGAUGAACAUUUACUAUUUCACAUUAAUUUUAAAAAGUACCUUAUUUAAACUAACAUUGAAAAAGUUUGUGAACUUCAAUGGGCGAGAAAGCUUGUAGUUUUCCACAAUUCUUGUAGGUGGCAUGUCAGCAAAUGCGUCGGGCUGUCAGUACUGCCGAGGGUGUUUGCAGCUUCUCUCAGGUUAGCUUUUUGCCUUGGAGCAGGAGAACAUUAGCCUCUCUCCAGGACCCGGGCCACCCUGUGGCGGCCGGGCGGGGUGGGGCGUGGCUCCCAGGCUGCCCUCCCGCGUGGGGUCAUAUUUCCUGCGCGUGCUUCCUCACCGCGCCGCUGCCUUCCCGCCAGACUUCAAGUUUUAAGUUUCAUUUCCACUCACUGGCCGAGACUACAGGUUCCUCUAACCGCGGCCCUUUCGCGAAGCCGAGUCUAUUUUCCAGGAGCAGAGAGCGCCAGCCAUGGAUCCUGGGAGCGGAAAGGCGACGCGGACAGCUUCGAAGGCGGGAGCCGCCACCUCCAAGAUUUUGGCGCAGAGUGCGAAGGGCGCCCCGACGAAAUCCCCGUCGACGAAGCCCACCCAGACGAAGCCCAUCGAGUGUCCGGUUGUCCGCGAAGCUGUCCAGCCCCACGAGCAGAAUUGCAGCUCCUCUAGAGGGUCGGGGAACCAGCGGAAGAAGAGCCCCCCGGGCUCCCGGGGGAGACCGCAGGUCCGCGCGCGGGGUGCGCGCACCGAGAAGGCCCCUCUGAGCGGUGACGCGGUGGACGGGCACACGGAUCUGGCCGAGGAGCCGGAGCCGCCUCUUCCCAGAGCUGGAUCUCGCCGAAAAGGGGGUGCAUGUGCCAAGAAGGUGCCUCUGAGCGGUGACGCGGUGGACGGGCACACGGAUCUGGCCGAGGAGCCGGAGCCGCCUCUUCCCAGAGCUGGAUCUCGCCGAAAAGGGGGUGCAUGUGCCAAGAAGGUGCCUCUGAGCGGUGACGCGGUGGACGGGCACACGGAUCUGGCCGAGGAGCCGGAGCCGCCUCUUCCCAGAGCUGGAUCUCGCCGAAAAGGGGGUGCAUGUGCCAAGAAGGUGCCUCUGAGCGGUGACGCGGUGGACGGGCACACGGAUCUGGCCGAGGAGCCGGAGCCGCCUCUUCCCAGAGCUGGAUCUCGCCGAAAAGGGGGUGCAUGUGCCAAGAAGGUGCCUCUGAGCGGUGACGCGGUGGACGGGCACACGGAUCUGGCCGAGGAGCCGGAGCCGCCUCUUCCCAGAGCUGGAUCUCGCCGAAAAGGGGGUGCAUGUGCCAAGAAGGUGCCUCUGAGCGGUGACGCGGUGGACGGGCACACGGAUCUGGCCGAGGAGCCGGAGCCGCCUCUUCCCAGAGCUGGAUCUCGCCGAAAAGGGGGUGCAUGUGCCAAGAAGGCGCCUCUGAGUGCCCAGGACUCCUUGAACGGGCACACGGAUCUGGCCCAGGAGCCGGAGUCGCCCCUUCCCAGGGCUGGAUCUCGCCGAAAAGGGAGUGCAUGUGCCAAGACGGCGCCCCUGAGCGCCCAGGACGCCUUGAACGGUCAGGCGGGUCUGGCCCAGGAGCCGGAGUCGCCCCUUCCCAGGGCUGGAUCUCGCCGAAAAGGAGGUGCAUGCACCAAGAAGGCGCCUCUGAGCGCCGAGGACAUCUUGAACGGACAGGCCAUUCUGGCCGAGGGGCCAGAGCCUCCCGCAGCCCCGGAGUCGCCCCUUCCUAGGGCUGGAUCCGCGCGCUCCGCUGGGGAGCGGAGACCUCCGUCCAGGCCAAAGGAGGACGCCGGCCAGGAUCCGCUGGUUCCAGCCUCUAGUCUGAGCCGGAGGGACGCGGUGCCCGGCGUCUGGAAGCUCGGGGCGGUGCUGGAUAAGUUGAAGCUACGUCGCGCAGAAAUCUCAGAAGCCGCGGAGGUUGUAAACAGGGUCGUGGGCCACCUGCUACGAGGACUGAAGAGCGGCUGGUCCGAGUUUAAAGGUGUCGAGGAGCUUCGCACUGGGAGCUACUACGAGCAAGUGAAGGUGAGUGCCAAUCGCCUGCCCUCCCGUGCCCUAGGCGCGCGCCCGGCUUCCUCACCCCUCUCCUAA